UUGUACCACAGCUGCUCUGUCAUUCCUUCUCAGCUCUACUUUCAGGCGUUAUGAUGAGUUUAAAGGAGCUUUGCGCAGGGUUACCUCUCGACCCGCUUCCACUUAAUCAUGGCAGAGACCCGAAUGUUCCUCAUGCACCUGUUCGUACUCCAAACCUCACCGCAGAGGAGAGACGACUUGCUCUGAGGAACGCUUUGCGAUAUUUUCCUCCGAGUCUACAUGCGAGUCUGGCUCCCGAAUUUGCUCAGGAGCUCACGCAGUAUGGACACAUUUACAUGUAUCGGUUCUGCCCUGCUCUACGCAUGAGGGCGUAUCCCAUCGGUCAGUACCCCUGUAGGUGCAGGCAUGCAGCAGCCAUCAUGCACAUGAUCAUGAAUAACCUGGAUCCUGCUGUAGCCCAGUUCCCACAGGAGCUCGUCACCUACGGGGGAAACGGACAAGUGUUCAGUAACUGGGCUCAGUUCUGGCUGGUGUUUCAUUACCUAAGCACUAUGACUGAAGAGCAGACCCUGGUGAUGUACAGUGGUCACCCGCUUGGCCUGUUUCCCAGCCUGCCCUCAUCACCACGCUGCGUCAUCACUAACGGCAUGGUCAUCCCGAACUACUCCUCCAGAGAGAGCUAUGAGAAGAUGUUCGCUCUGGGAAACACCAUGUACGGACAGAUGACUGCAGGAAGUUACUGCUACAUUGGUCCUCAGGGCAUCGUUCACGGCACCAUGCUCACCGUGUUGAACGCAGGACGGCGCUACCUCGGCACGGGUGACCUGAGAGGUCGUGUGUUCGUGUCCUCUGGGUUAGGCGGUAUGAGCGGAGCUCAGGCGAAAGCCGCCGUCAUCUCUGGCUGUAUCGGGGUCAUUGCAGAGGUGGAUGAAGCUCCUCUGAGGAAGAGGCAUGAGCAGGGCUGGGUGAUGGAGGUCACGAAAGACCUCGACCACUGCGUCCAGCGCAUCAGAGAGGCGAAGAAAGCCAAGACGGUGCUGAGUUUGGGUUACCAUGGCAACAUUGUUGCAUUGUGGGAGCGUCUGUGGCAGGAGUAUGAGCAGACAGGAGAAUUACUGGUGGAUUUGGGUUCUGAUCAGACGUCACUGCACAACCCGUUUAGUGGUGGUUAUUACCCGGUCCAGCUCGGCUUCACACAAGCCAACCAGCUCAUGAACUCUGACCCUCAGAGAUUCAGAGAUGCUGUGCAUGAAAGUCUCCGUCGACACGUCGCAGCCAUUAAUAAGCUCUCGGAGAAGGGGAUGUUCUUCUGGGAUUAUGGCAAUGCCUUUCUGCUGGAGGCCAAACGAGCAGGUGCCGAGGUGGAGAAGACAGGAGGCGGAGCUACGGAGUUUAAAUAUCCUUCAUACGUGCAGCAUAUAAUGGGUGAUAUUUUUUCUCUGGGAUUUGGGCCGUUUCGCUGGGUCUGUACGUCUGGAAACCCCGCUGAUCUGGAGCAGACUGAUAACAUUGCCACUAGUGUGCUGGAGGAGAUCAGUGGCACUGUUCCCGAGCGGGUUCGACAGCAGUACAGCGACAACAUUCGCUGGAUCCGUGAGGCUGGAAAACACAACAUGGUGGUGGGUUCUCAGGCUCGUAUUCUCUACUCAGACCAGAGAGGAAGAGCUUCCAUCGCCUUGGCCAUAAACCAGGCUGUUGCACAGGGCAGAGUCACGGCUCCUGUAGUGAUUAGCAGAGAUCACCAUGACGUCAGUGGCACCGACAGCCCUUUCAGAGAGACCUCCAAUAUAUACGACGGGUCUGCUUUCUGUGCAGAUAUGGCUGUACAGAACGUUAUCGGGGAUGCUUUCCGUGGAGCCACGUGGGUGGCUUUGCAUAACGGAGGUGGUGUUGGAUGGGGUGAGGUAAUGAACGGCGGCUUUGGGUUGGUUCUGGACGGUACUGAGGAGGCUGCAAAGAGAGCCAGGAUGAUGCUGAACUGGGACGUGUCUAACGGGGUGGCGCGCAGAUGUUGGUCGGGAAAUUCCAACGCGUAUGAGACAAUUCAGCUAACCAUGGAGGCUCAGAGAGAGCUGAGAGUGACCCUGCCUUACCACGUGCAGGACGAACAUCUCCUGGAGCGUGCACUGCAGUUAUAGAGCUGGACUCUUACACUGACGGGUUACACUGCACACUCUUCUCAUCAGAAACUCUUCUCUAAUCCUGUGAAUGUGACUGCACUAGGACAAUACACACUACAAUGUGAAUAAAAGUUACAGAAUUGUGUGUAUUUGCAAAAAUGUUUGUGUGAAAUACGUGUGAAAUGUUUAAUUCGUUACCCGGGAGUCAUUGAUGCGAUCUGUGCACUGUAACCAUAGCAACACUAUGUACUAGCUAAUAACUAAUUCUAAUACUGUAGCUUCUCUCUACUCGAGGCGUUAUUAUCAACAAUGCAGAUGAAAUAAAGGUGGAAAUAACUGAG